AUGGCCCCAACAGCCCCAACAAAGCGCAAGACCCUCCGCGCAAAGGCGACAGAGCGCCUCGCCAACCCCCUCGCCCCGCGCAAGGUGCACCGCCCCUCGGCCCAGGUUGACGACUCCUUCAUCGAGUCCAAGCGCGACAAGCGCCUGAUCAAGCACUCGUCCUUCGUCUCGCGCAUCUCCAAGCCCGCCCACAAGACCCCGACCCAGCGCAAGAACCUCAAGCGCCGCGAGAAGCACCGCCAGGCCCAGGCCGCCACCAGCCUCGCCUCCCUGUCCGACGCCCUGCCCUCCCUCACGGCCGACGAGGUGCGCGCCGGCGAGACGGAGGCCGCGGGCAAGGUCCGCCACAAGUCGCUGAAGAGCACGCCGGGGGCCCUGCGCAAGAAGGAGCGCCUCGUGCGCGGCGAGAUGGAGCGCUUCGGCCUCAGCCUUGCGCAGCUCAGCACCGUCAAGGAGCAGCCUGCCCCCGUGCCCGCUCAGCAGCAGCAGGUGGAUAUGGACGUUGAGAACAAGGACGGCGAGGAGGAGAACCGCGCGCCCGUGCAGAGCACCGCCAACCGGUUCGCUGCGCUGAGGGGGUUUAUCUCUGCUACGAUGGAGCAGAACCCGGCCUUCUCACGGCAGAACGGCCUUGCUGGGAGACCAACUUGA